AUGUCGCUUUCCCAUGCCGAAGCGAGUCAAUCUUUAGACCUUCGUGUCGAGGACUACCUAGACGACAAGCUUCAAUCAAUAGCUGAUCUAGACACACUUGAUGAACUGCUUGUCAAUGUCGAAACGCAGCGGAACCAGCUGCAGUCCCAGCUCGAUGACGCUGUCAGAGAGCUCGAAAAAGCUCGGCGUACCACCGAGGACCGGAGCGAUUCGCUGCAACAGCAGAUAGACGAGUUCAAUGAACUGCAGGCGAGCAUUGACACCCGGGUCAAGAUAGCCGCUGCGUCGGAUGCGCCCAGUGAGGCCAUUGCUCGCCUGCAGCGGCCCAUGAAGAAGCUCCAGCACGUCGAAUUGGCGCAGAAAUAUUUGAUCCUUCUGCAGGAUGUAGAAAGGCUGCGCGCCGAAGCUCGAUCGUACCUACCUGACAGCCCUAAAGCCGCCCUGGAGCCCUACGCAAAGUUGAAAGGCCUGGCACUCAAAUUGAGGUCCUUGUCGGGCAAUGAGGAGCUUCACCUGGUCGACCACGUCCAGGCUGUGACCGAGAGCCUGUGGAACGAGAUGAAAAAAACAAUGUCGGCAGAGUUGGAAGGCGUUUUGGAGAAACGGCACUGGCCAAAAGUCGAUCCCCAUGCCGAAAUGGACGACGAGUGGAUUGCCUGUGUCGAGAAACUCAUCGACUUGCAAAUGCCUGAAAUUACCCGCAGCAGCAGCACUCUGCCUCUUCUGCCGUUCAAUGUCAUGACCGCUAUAUUUGUUGCUGAAUUCCGAUUCCACUUCAUGAGCGACAAACCCACCAGUAACCCGCAGUCCAUUGGCACGCACUGUUUUCCUUGGUUCCUGACCAUGAUUGAGAAAUGGGAGGACUUUUUCCGCAACAAUCUAGGUCACCUUCUUGCUACCAAAUUCCAUGAAACCCCUGUGGCCGAAAACACUGUGUACCUGGACCCAGUGUCUGCUCUCAUCACCGCUAUGCUCCCAGUCAUGAGGGAAAAGGUUCAUGCAGUUGCCAACGAAGCCAUCAAGAACCCCCCUUUCCUGAGCUCAUUCAUAUCGCAGCUGAUGACUUUUGAUGAAAAUAUUCGUCAAAGGUUCAGCUAUGACGAUGGUGAUGACGACAAGGGGUGGAAUGGUCUGACUGGGGAAAUCCUGGACCACCACUUUGAUGCUUGGUUCAGGGUGGAACGGGAAUUCGCGCUCGAGAGAUUUGAAAAGAUUAUAGAGUCGGCCGAUGGUCGUAAAAUUGACUACGACUACUCUGUUACAGGCAAAAUGAAGCCCACAUUCGCUGCCGUUCGCAUAACUGAUCUCUUGAGAGUGGUCACUGGAAAAUACGAACGUUUACGCAAAUUGAAACACAAAACCAAGUUCCUUACGGAUAUUCAGCUUGAUAUUCUAGAUGGAUAUCAUGAUCGUCUGCGAGGAUCUCUAGAAGCGUACCAAUCCAUUACAUCGACACUCGGCCGUACGCUCCACGGUGCCUCCAAGGAACAACUUGCCGCUCUGGAAGGGAUAGGUGCAUUGGAGACGCUGUGCAAGGUGAUUGGCAGCUCUGAUCAUAUUGCCAAUACCCUAACAGAAUGGAGUGACGAAGAGUUCUUCGUCGUGCUAUGGGAAGACCUUCAGACCCGAGACGCCCAGCGAAGCAAGCGAAACAGUGCUGCCAGUGGCAUCGCACCAGACAGUAUCUUGGGCCGCGUGCCUAGCCACCUAAGCGACAACGGCAGCAGUGACGGCGGCAUAUUUGACGAGACCGUCUCCGCGUACUCCUCACGCCGCAAAGCCGCCGAGCAGCUUCUUGUCAAUGCCUUGGUAGACUCUCACGCCAAGGCGUUCCGCGCAUACGCCAGCAAAGUCCAAUGGACCACUGUUGGCGACGCCGCAGUCUUGGAUGACCCCUCUCAAUUCUCCAUCACGCCGGAACUGGACGAGCCCUUGCGCAUUCUACAGCGCAACUUUGAUUAUCUUACCAAGGCCCUGUCAACGGCUUCUUUUCGUCGCGUGUGGCACGAGGCCCUCGACAAGCUCCAGGACCUCCUGUGGACCAGCGUCCUCCUCAAGCAGUCGUUUACCACCCUUGGCGCCGCGCAAUUUGCUCACGACGGAGGCGCCGUAUUCUCCCUUGUGGAGCGCUACAUUCCCGGUGGUUCAGGGGCGUUGGAUUCGCUUCGCGAGGGGAUGCAGCUGCUGAACUUGGCUACGGCGGCGGCCGCCGACAGCGCAGAAGGCAGCGCACCCGGGCUGACGCUGAAAGAGGCUAGUGACCGGGUAUUCACCGAUAACGACGAAGCGCGUAAAGUAUUGGAAGAGUUGGGGUUGCACGUCUUGACGCCCGUGAAUGCGAGAUAUAUUCUGCAACGAAGGGUGGAGAAUAACGAGAAUAUCGGGUGGUAA